AUUUAUUUAUCAAUGAGUCCCCGAAAAUCAGCGAAGAGUUCCUGAAAUUCAAUUAUUCUCCCUCGCAAUUCUUUGCCAACAAUUUAAAAAAAACCGCCAAGGAAAUACUCGGCAUGUUCCACUGGAAUUAUCUUCUCGGUCCCAAGUCUCUCGCCUCGCUUGGCUAUUCAUAAAGAUAUUUAAUAGUAUCGGUAAGUCGAUCCGAAGUACUUCAAGCCUCAGAGGAACCGGCCAAUCUCCGUCUGCGCGAAGCCAUACUCUUUCCCCUUGCAGGCCGCCAGUACCAUGCCAAUGUUAGACCCUCUGUUAUGGAGUGGAAGACAGUUGCAGCAACAGCCCUGGUGAUAAGCCUCGGAUUUUUAGCUAUUCCGAUUAAAGUAGCACCUGACACGAGUGUCGAGGACGUGCGGUUAUUCGAAACUUAUGUGUCUUAUUAUAAUAAGUCUUAUCGUCAUGAUCCUGAGGAGUACGGAAGGAAAUUCGGGAGAUUUCAGCGCUCGCUUCGACAGAUCGAACGGAUGAAUCGAUUGCGCUCGACUCAGGAGAGCGCUUACUACGGAUUGACAGAAUUCUCCGACCUCUCGGAGGAGGAAUUUCUGAGUCUCGCACUACGUCCGGACUUAUCAGCCCGAGGUGAACGUCACAGAAAUGACUGUCACCGUCGUCGGACGCAUGACCCACUCCCCGAACGCCUGAAUCGCGUCAAGAGGCUCAUCGAUAUCCCUCCGAAAUUCGACUGGCGAACAAAGGGCGUUGUGACACCUGUCAGGGCCCAGGGAUCCUGCGGGGCCUGUUGGGCCUACACAGUUGUCGCAUGUGUUGAGUCUAUGGUCGCCAUUAAAAACUCCACAUUGCGCUCCUUUAGUGUGCAAGAGAUGAUCGACUGUGCUGGUAACGGCAAUUUUGGAUGCAAUGGAGGGGACAUUUGUAGUCUCCUGUCCUGGCUGGAGGAUAAUGAAGUUCCUAUUUUGCCGGAGAGCGAUUAUCCGGUGACUGGGACUUCCGGUACUUGUUUGGUGGACAGAUCGAAAACGUCGACUGUGAGAGUUGGGGACUUCACGUGUGACAGUUACGUGGAUUCCGAGGAAGAGCUCAUAUCAACACUUGUCAAUCAUGGACCAGUUGCCGCUGCGGUAAAUGCCCUCACGUGGCAGAACUACUUAGGCGGUAUUAUUCAAUACCACUGCGAUGGUGCAUUCUCAAUGCUGAAUCACGCAGUGCAAAUAGUGGGAUACGACAGAAGUGGACCAACACCUUUUUACAUUGUUAGAAAUUCUUGGGGUCCCCUGUUCGGGAAUAAAGGAUAUCUGUACAUCGCAAUUGGGAAGAACAUAUGCGGAAUAGCGAAUCAGGUCGCAGCUGUGGAUGUCAUUAUUUAAUUUAUUGUAUGUUAAAAGAGAGAAACGACGUACCAUGAAUUAUUUACUUAAGUAACCUUUAUAUCCGAGAGGAAAAAAACAUAAUAAAGUCAAUUGGAU